AGCCUCUCUCCUUUGUCGACAAACCUUGCAUUCGUCUGUCCAUAUUUGCGCCCGAUACUUUUUUCUUUUUCUUUCGUCAUCUCUUUCGUCUUUAACGCAGUAAUGUCGUUCUCUUCUAUCUAUAUAUUUUUGGAGGGUCUGGCUACGAUGGUACUCUGCGGUUUACUUGGGGGCUUUUGGCGUUAUGUACUGGGGGUUUUUUAUUUUAUUUAUUAUUCAUUUCCUGUGAUGUCUGGGGGUAUUUCUUUCUUUCAAAAAAGGUUUCGGCUUGUAUCCUUUCUUAUGUUGUGUGUGUGGUUACAACAUAUGGUGGUUACGCCAAUCUAAAUGCGACUUUGCCGUAUCUGCGUCAAAAUUUUUUUUGUUUCCGUUUUCUUCGCAGUCGCAGUCUUGGUAUGUAUGGGGGAC